GUGCGGGCUUCCGUAGUUCUCCUUUUAGGAAUGGCGUCGUGGAUGUGGCUCCGGUGUCUCGUUGGGCCUCAUCUUCAACGAAUUCACCGACUUCCGGACGAGUCUCAGCCCGGGGGCAGGUCGGGCAGAAGGGGAUGGAACUACCAUCCCAGGAGUCUGGAAAAACACACUGACAGCAUUCUUGGUUGGGCUUCAGUCCUGUGGUCUCUGUCCUACUACAGCUCCCCUCUUCUCCUCUGUUAUCUUUACAGAAAAGGCUACAUCUGCAGCAGUAAGUUGAUUCCGGCGGGUCAGUACGUGGGAACCGUGCUCGUGUGUCUUCUUGGAGUUGCGUGUCUCAGAGGGUGGGGGAGGUGGAGGAACUCUGAGUAUGUUCAAUUUAUCUCAGUUCUUGAGGAAACUAAGAGGAACAACACACCAGAAAACAAGAAAAAACUAAGGGGCUAUGAUUUUGACUUCUCAUACUGGCCUGCAGACUUCAGCUGGAAAGAAGUCAGCAGUCCGAAACUGUCCAAAGGUGGUGUUUCUCUGCUGAAACCAGAGCCCAAACUGAGAGGAACAGCAGAYAGUAUUCUGAACACUGUGCGCACUUUACCAUGUCACGUCAUUGGUUCUCUGAUUGCUCACUCGUUUGGGAGGAGGAUGUUGUACCCGGGUUCUGUGGGUUUGCUACAGAAAGCCAUGAGACCAAUGCUGCAGCAAGGCCAGGCUAAGUUAAUAGAAGAGUUUAAUGGUCAAAGGAACAAGCUGGUGGCCUGCGACGGUAAUGAGAUCGACACGAUGUUUGUGGAUCGAAGGAAAGAUGGGGCACCGAAUGGCCAGACUCUGGUCAUCUGCUGUGAGGGCAACGCAGGCUUUUAUGAGGUGGGCUGCAUGAACACUCCGUUGGAGGGCGGCUACUCUGUUUUGGGCUGGAACCACCCCGGCUUCGGAGGCAGCACGGGAGUGCCGUUUCCCCAGAAUGAGGCGAACGCCAUGGACGUGGUGAUCCAGUUUGCAAUACACAAACUUGGUUUCCAGCUGAACAAUAUCAUAAUAUAUGCCUGGUCCAUCGGAGGGUUCACGGCUACUUGGGCAGCGAUGUCGUACCCUGAGAUCCAAGCGGUCGUGUUGGACGCCUCCUUCGAUGACCUCCUGCCUCUGGCUCUUAAAGUUAUGCCUGAAAGUUGGAAGCCUUUGGUCCAACACACAGUGAGACAAUACAUGAACCUGAACAACGCCGAGCAGCUCCUCAAAUACCAGGGACCGAUCCUGCUGAUCAGGAGGACCAGAGAUGAAAUCAUCACCACAACGGGUCCAGAGGACGUCACGUCAAACAGAGGGAACAACCUCCUGCUCAAACUGCUUCAGUUCAGGUAUCCCAAAAUAAUGACCGAUGAAGGGAUCAGAGUUGUCAAACAGUGGCUUGGUGCCUCCAGCCCAUUAGAAGAAGCAUCUGUGUACAGCAGCUACGAAGUGGACAAUGACUGGUGCGUGUCUGUGCUGCAGUCUUACCAGGCAGACAGAGACGUCUCGUUUCCAUGGAGCGUUGGUGAAGACAUGACUGUGGAGGGAAGGCGGCAGCUGGCUCUUUUCCUGGCUCGGAAGUACAUGAGAAACUUUGAAUCGACGCACUGCACUCCUCUCCCUGCCACCGAGUUCCACUCACCUUGGAGGCUGUGAAGAAAAAUAAUUUUAAAAAAGGAUCGUUGGAGGGAGAAGCAGAGCCGGACGGCCUUUGGUCAGUUUGUUCUUGGCGUCGUGUGAAUGUACCGUUUUAUUUUGUUCCUACACACAGCCCAAAAAAAACUGUGUAAAAUAUGAUACACGUGUCCUUUUUAAGACUCACUCUUUAGUUCUGUUUUUUUGUUUCUCAUUUUAAAAAGGAUUGCAUUUUAAAUAAAUGCACAAAGCCAUUACUCACUCCUCCCAUUGUUCCCUCUCUGGCUGGAUUUGUAAAGCAAAUGUAAGCAGAGAUACAUUGCUAUAAUUAAAUGAAUAAAAAAUAUAAUCCUGAAGUCGUUUUAAAAAAGGCAGCCAAAGUGUUKAAGCUGUUCAGGUUUUUCCUUUUGUGGGCGCACUCUUGUCGAAUUAAUCCUAAAAUGAUGCUCUUAAGUGUUCCAUUAAAUAUGCUGAAUAACA